CGAACAAGGGUUUUCAGCCGGAGAGGACAGUCAGUUGUAGCGGGAAGGGUCUUCAAGGUAGGGAUAUGAAUCGCCUGGAAGUGCACAUGUCUCUGGAUUUCGUCGUUUGAUGAACGACAUCCAGUAGUAGCACUAGUCAUGUAGUUACCAGGAUACAUGACCAUCCGACACCUACAUUUGAUGGCCACGAGACGUGAACGUAAUACAGUACAGAUCAAACACGGGUUGCACCCAAAUUAGUAGGGAACGCAUGGCGGAACACCAAUGGGCAGUCGUCAUAGAAUUUGGGGUAGCGAAAUUCGGUUGGAUCAUAAAGUGUUGGGAAAAAGCGCGCGGUAAGCUAGGAUCUGACUUAAGUGGACCAAGUGGCCGCGUUCGACCGCCAAUCGACUUGUACUUCGUCUCAACCAAUUUGCAUCAUCGAUCGAUCCAAACUCCGACGUCAUUGGUUACGCAGAAACAAUGUGCUCUGCGAUCCCCCGACGUGCAAGCACCAUUUCGAUCCGUCCGUCAGGUACGUGAGAAAGAGAGUGGCAGACGUCACUCAACUUUCCUCCAUGCUCCAUUCGCGUGUUUCAACUCUUUUCGUCUUUUCCUUAAGCGCUUUCGUUGGCCUGCUGCCACUACCUCUCGUACAACCACUGCAACCACGACAUCCCAUUCAUCUUCUAGAGCAGUAACGCAGAUAAAAAGAAGAAGAAGACGAGGGAUUCAGAUGGAGGAACGUAUGACCCUUCCGGGACGGACGACCAUUGGGAUGUUCGUCCUUGGUGGAGAUGGGACCAUGGUGCUUACUCAGAUGACUGGCCAUUGACGACGAAGAUGAAAAUCAGAAUAAAGCGUGUGGACGAUAAUACGGAGGGCCCGGAACUGGAUGACAAAGAAAAUGGAGGCGGGGAGGGAUGAUAUAUUCGUCCACCAAUGAUCGCUU